GAGUGGCGACCAAUCAGUUGGCUAUCUGUGCGACGGCAUAGCGGUAGUCACUUUAAAAUUCACUCUGCUAGCGCGCCUUGUGUGAGCGGAGGUAAACUUAGAUUUUUUUCAUAAACUUUCAAGCUACCGUGCUUUUGUACCGUUGUGCGUGUUUUAUAGACUCUAUUGUGGUACUUUCGCUGAAUCAUGGCAACAGAAAUAACCAACAACGUGCCCGAGAACACGACCGAGAAGGAGAAAGAAUUAAAGGACGACACGCCGCCGGAUAAUGGACAAACAAAAGAAGAGGCGGCAUCCGGAGAUAAGACAGAAGCGAAGGCUCCAGAGGAGAAAAAACAAGAAGCAACUCAGCCAAAACCUAAUGUCCAUAAAAUCAACUUCGAAAAAGAUAUCGUAUAUUUGUAUCAAUUCUCACGGACGCCUUUGUUGCCAUCGAUUUCGCCGUACUGUUUGAAAGUAGAGACUUGGCUUCGUUUGGCUGGCAUCAAGUACGAGAAUGUGGACCACAAGGCGAGGUUCCGCUCCAAGAAGGGCCAGCUGCCCUUCAUCGAACUCAACGGGGAGGAAAUUGCUGACAGCGCCUUCAUCAUCAAGGAGCUGUCUGAGAAGAACAACAAGGAUCUUGAUGCUGGGCUCACACCGGAGCAGCGGGUCAUCUCCCACGCCAUGAUUUCCAUGAUUGAGAACCAUCUCUCGUGGGUGAUCCUGUGGUGGCGCGCCAAGUACCCAGACUCUGUCAUCAAGGGUUACCAAGUUAACCUACAAAAUGCACUGAACACUCGUCUACCCAAUCCAAUCUUGAAUUUCUGCUACAAGUUCACUUCUGGACGCAAGGGUAUGAAGAAAGCAAAGGCUCACGGUAUUGGCGUUCACAGCCAGGAGGAGAUUUUGGAAUUCGGCAAGAAUGAUCUGCGCGUUCUCUCCGACUUGCUGUCCGACAAGCCGUUCUUCUUCGGCGAUGAAGUCACCCUGCUUGACGUGGUAGCGUUCGCGAACCUCGCUCAACUGCACUUCAUCGACAAGGCCGUGACCCACGAGCUCCGGGACGCCCUGGAUUCGUUCCCCAACCUAGCGGGGCUGGUGGCGCGGGUCAAGGAGCGCGCUUACCCGGACUGGGAGGAGCUCUGCGCUGCGGAGCCCGCACCGCCUAAGAAGGAGGAGAAGGAAAAGCCAGAGGAACAGGAGAAGGGCAAGGGCGACGAAAAGGAACUGGAGAAGGAAAAGGAGAAGGAGCCGGAGGACAAAGAAAAGGAAAAGGAAAAGGAGAAGGAAAAGUAGAUUAGUAGUUGUACGGUGUCCCAUAACAUGACAUGUUGAAUUAUACACUUAGCUGUCAGACUCGUAGCUCUGUAUAUUGUAAGCGUGUAAAUCCAUUUGUCUUUCCCGUUAUUAUCGUUUGAGACGCGAAGCCGUCUGCCCAGGGACAAAGUGGUGUAACCCUUUUUCAUUUUUUGUUCAGGAGGUUCUUUUCGACGAUUUAGAGAUUUUUCGUAGUGCACGGGUUAAGCCGCUUUCCCCCUGGCGUUCGUACCGGUUUAUGAUAUAUUUGCUCGAUGUUGUCCCGUGAUCGGUGGAGACAUUUUGGGUUCGUUGUUAUGGAAAUUCGAAUGUUUUACGCUUCUUGUAGCUAUGAUUUGUUUUGAAAUUAAUUUCGAUCGGUUUAUUGGAAAAUAUGAUUUGUUAUACUUAGUACUUACGGUAAGUCAAAUAUUCAGAUGAAUUAUAAUAUAAUUAAUUAAUGUAAGAUCGGUGUAAUCUCAUGAUUCAAGUAGUGGGCACGUCUAGUGUUGGGGAGCGCACACGGCGCCCCGUUUAUACUCGAUUUUUAUAUUACCAGUUUGUACUCGAUAGUUAAUCUCAACGAAAACUGAUAUGCACUAAGUAGUAAUUGUAAGCUUCGCCCCGUAUCUCCGGUGGUUUGUAUCGCGAUCUUUUACAUUUACUCGAACUUUUACAAUUUACAUUUAAAAGUAAUAGAUUAAAUAUUGAAACGAAAACGCCCUAAGACUGUUUUUUGUCGUUAUCGUAAUUUAGUCGGUAACGUUUUGAUAUUGUACUGUUAAGGUUUAGGUAUUUGUAUUGAAUACCUUUGGCGAACCACCUAUUUUUUUUCCAGAAACAGGGUUGCCAUCCGUCCCGAUUUCUGCUCAAUUUCCAAAACGAAAAAUUCGCGCCGAGCUUAAAAACUUUAUAUAGGGCCUAUUUUAUUUUGUACGAAUCUAAAUUAAUGUUAAGGCUAAGAUAGAUGGCAGCUCUGUGGAGCGAUUGAACUACCCACCUAUUUUCUAAAACUAUUUUCAUUCCAUUUUCGACUGAAUCACACGAGUCACUGAGACAGGCUUUCGUUUAGUACAAUUGUUUGCAUUCCGUUAAAUUAAAAAAUCAAAUGUUGAGAAGUAAAACAAAAAACACUUUGGCCAAACAGCACUGAAAAACUCCUGCUGUCCUUCGUAACAUCUGUGGUUGAAGUGUGAUAUUUCAUUCACUUUUUGAUGUUAAAUAAAUGCUCGGGUUACUUUGUUUUGGCAUUCGAGGCUUCACAUAGGUCGUUCGCUACAAGGGAAACUUUCCCAUGUGUCUAUUUAAUCAUUAUCCAUAUGUUUAGUAAUAGUUAUGUAUAUUGGACGGAUCAUGAACGUUGUUCAAAGAGUAGAUAUCAUAUUAAGUGCCGCCGAUUUCCCCCAUAUGUGGGUACGUGGCACUAAAUGAUAUUAGUUGUAGUCGGCGUUCGACCGAGCGAUAGCAGACUCUAUGCGUAGAGUAAUGUCAGUUUGACAGCUGUCAAAUUUGACAGUUAUCUGUGGCAUAGAGUCUGAGCUCGGUCGGUCGAACGCUAUUUAGUGUAGAUCUGCGGCUAUAGUGUAAGUUAAGGUAUAUGUUAUGCAGCCAAAUGACGCCUAAAGUAAAUCGUUUGCAUGUCUCCCGCCGCAGUAGCGGUCUAGCGCGUCCCGCGCAUAGUGCGUAGGAAGGGGCAUUGUCCGUAGAAUAACGUAGAUGGUCUAAUCGAUGUUUUAUGUUCAAAUUAUGAAUUUUUGUUUUGACAUUAUCGGGGUAAGGUUGAAAUCCCUCCCUACAACUGCUGACCAUCACUGCCAUUAGCCUCGAUGUAAGAGCAAAUUUACUCGGAGCGAGAGUAAGUUUCCUUGGUGUAAGAGUAAUUUAGGAAUGUUAGUAAUGUAAUGAUGGUCACUCGCGUAGAGUCGGUCUACUCCGCAGAAAGUUUAAACUACAAAAUCACACAACAUCUGGUGAGAUUUCUUUUAUAACUUUCUGCAGGUGAUUGUGAUCGAUGCUACGCGAAGUACUUCUACGAUAGGAUGUGGGCACACAUUUGCGACGUUCGUUCUGUUGUCGUUGUGCGGUCUCUAACAAGCUAGGGUGAACCUUAUCGCUAUAGUAAUAAGGAAGCAUAAACUUGUCGGGGAUUGUACUCAGGCGUGUGUCUAGCAUUAUGAGGCUAGCGUGUAGAGCCUGUUUCAGUGGUCGGCCGUCGUACUGUCGAGUUAUCUCCAUGCGGCGGCCGUCACGUAGUUAGACGUAAGCUAGGCUAAGCUAUAUAAGGCUCUCUGUAGAAGCCGACGUCACUCUGAACCGGCAUUCGUUGAGGCUGAAUAAUUUCGAGUAGAUUAGCGGGUGUGCACACACCCUCAUAGUAUAAUUAUUGUCUAUUUAACCGUAUCUGAAUUUCGAACGACUCAAUCCCUUAGUGAGUUAGCGAUUUAAUACAAAUUAUUAAAUAUGUUUAUAUUAUAUUCGUAGGACGAUUUUAUAAAAGUGAAAUAAUUUGUAAUUAAUUUCUUAAAUUCAUUGUAUCCAUAUAAUAGAAAGUUUUGAGAUAAUUUUCAAUUGAUGUGUCAAUAUAUAACAUAAGUGUAGUUUAGAUAGUUAUUAUCUUAUUGUAACGUUUAUUAAUAUUAUACAAUAAUUGAGCUUUUUGUGGAAACAAUGUUCUUGUAAGGAUUUCAGUGUAACAAUUUGAUUAUAUUAAAGUGUAUAUCUUAA